UUCCAAACUAACUAUAAGAGACCCCCUUGAACAGAUCCCAAGCAAGUGCAUACAGUCUGUAUUAUUCCUCUGAGUUAAGGCUUGUGUUCGUGGUUUUUGAGCAAUCUGCAGUUAUGGCAGCCUGCACUGCGACGCACUCCACCGCCCUGGCUGGGCAGACCGCUCUCAAGUCUAUCAAUGAGCUCUCCCGAAAGGUGGGCAACGUGCAGGCGCGAGUCACCAUGCGCAAGGCGUCUAGCAGUGACAGCAUAUGGUAUGGCGCCGACCGACCGAAGUACUUAGGCCCCUUGUCCGGUGAGACCCCAUCAUACCUCACUGGUGAAUUCGCUGGAGACUACGGCUGGGACACCGCUGGACUCUCCUCCGACCCCGAGACCUUCGCCCGCAACAGGGAGCUCGAGGUCAUCCACGCUCGCUGGGCUAUGCUUGGUGCUCUCGGGUGCGUAACUCCCGAACUGUUGGCCAAAAACGGUGUGAAAUUCGGCGAAGCUGUGUGGUUCAAGGCCGGAUCCCAGAUCUUCAGCGAGGGAGGUCUUGAUUACUUGGGCAACCCCAGCCUAGUGCACGCCCAGAGCAUCCUGGCCAUCUGGGCUUCCCAGGUGAUUUUGAUGGGAGCUGUGGAGGGUUACCGUGUUGCUGGAGGACCCCUGGGCGAGGUGACAGACCCCAUCUACCCCGGAGGCUCAUUCGACCCCUUGGGUUUGGCUGACGACCCCGACACCUUCGCAGAGUUGAAGGUGAAGGAGAUUAAGAACGGACGAUUGGCCAUGUUCUCGAUGUUCGGGUUCUUCGUCCAGGCGAUCGUGACCGGAAAGGGCCCAUUGGAGAACCUGAGCGACCACUUGGCCGACCCAGUUGCCAACAACGCAUGGGCAUACGCCACCAACUUCGUUCCAGGGAACUAGAUUUUUGUGCUUAUGCAGCUAUGACUAAUAAAUACAGAUUUCGACCAAACAGUCGCCGUCGUUGUUUCUCUUACCAUCAUGGCGCACAGUUACACGUAACCCCGCCGAGGAUGUUACUCAUGAGAUAUACGAGUGAAUCCCAUGUAUUAUGCUGCAUGUGAUGCUAAAGUUAACGCUGUAAUGUAGAUCCAUGUCCAAUUUGUAGCAUUUGUUGUCUGUUGGAUCGGUUUCCAAUGUGUCGGUACACCUUUCGAUGAAAAGAGAUUUCUUGUGUAACGCUGCUAGUGUUCAUUGACCGGAAAUGUAAAUGGUGCACUGCUGUUCAAUGUAGUACAAUAAUUGUUCCAA